AUGGCGGCUGCCUCAAAGCCUCGUCAGCCACGCUUGAGAGCAUCCUGUGAUGGCUGCUUCUUGGCCAAAGUCAAGUGCUCCAAGGCUCGACCUCUAUGCUCGAGGUGUUUAGCUUGCGGUCUUGACUGCCGAUACUCUCCCUCGAGCAGGGCGGGUAAACCCAAGGCUGAUCACCAAGCUGCCCGGCGUCAAAGCUUUCCCCAGAGCCGUAGUCUUCACGAUUCAUCGACAUAUCUCAGCUAUCCGUCGGUAACUCAGAUCCCCCCCGAGCACAUUUUCCAGAACAGCCAUGGUUGGAUCACUCCCCCCAGCAGUAUCGAUGGCAAUAUGAGCAGGAAUCCGUCUUUGUCCUCGGAUCUCUCUCGUUUUGGCACGGAUGCAGCUCUGAUCACGGGUGGUGACCUUGUGUCUACCACCAGCAUCGAGUCCUUUUCCGGCUCCAUGCCCUGGACGCCACCAAAUGAUUUGUCCUACCAGCUGGCUGACAUGCCAAUGUCUGCCUCACCAAUUUCGGCGACUGGUGGUCGCUCACUCUCUCUCGAUGGUUCUAUCAUCGCAAGCCCAUCCUGGGCAGAGGCUAUUUCGCCAGACACAAUGAGCUUUGACAGCACACUGCCAGCCUCUGCCAAUCUUCCAGGGUACAUGUCUACCCCACCGCCUUCUGCUACCCAGCAAUGCUUUCCGGCUCGGAAGCCGCCGUCCCCAGUCAACAGCCACGCCUCUUGUACAUGCUUUACGGCAUGCCUGCAGUCUCUUCAAGCUCUACACAAUGCCUCCUCCCCGGACAUGCCAUCGUUUGAUCAAGUGCUGUCCCUGAAUGGCAAGGCGGUCGAAGGCUGUGCGGCCAUGCUCGGCUGCUCCAGAUGCAUGAGCCGCUCGGGUAUGCAGACAUCGGCCAUGUUGCUUGCCACAAUCAUCGGCAAGAUCGCCUCAUUCUACAAAAGCGCUUCUACUACUUAUUUUGAGAGCGGCAUCUCUCUACCAGACCAAGGCUCUGGGAGUCAUAGUGUCAGCUAUGGCGUCUACCGGCUCAAUGGAGAGGACGGCAAGUGGUUCGAGCUGGAGAUCUUGUCGAGGGAACUGCGCAAGCUCGACGAGGUGUACGCCAAAUUUCGUGAGGUCUGCUCGGAUUUCAGCGAAGACCUCGAGGUCAACAAAGCCAUGAUUGGCUACCUCGGCCAGGACUUGGCCACUACCUUCGAGGUGGUCAACAAUCGCCGCACCAGCCACGUCUCAGCUUUCGGUUGCUGA